AUGAACCUCAAACCUCCUCCUCCAAAACGUAUGAAAUUAGACAAUUCUAAUGAAUUUGAUGGAGACCCAUCAGGACAAAUUAACAGUGACUUCAGCAACUUAGAUGCUGACGAUGAUAUUUCCAGCAAAAUCGAAUUUGACCAAGAAGUGAGGCCUUGGUACUCAACCUUCUCAGGCAGUUGCAUUGCUGGCAAGCGAUGGAAGAAAGUUCUUGUGCACCUGCAGUGUGGACAGCAGCUGGUGGUGGAUGGGCUGUAUUGUGUCAAGCCUGUGAGAGGUGCCAUCCAUAUUCUCGGUUACCAGGUGCCCACUGGUCAACAAGUGCCUGUAUUCUCUCCCCGACACCAUGCCAUGCUGGCUGUGUCAUGCGCUGCUUAUCCUAGAGCUUCCCACUCCACAAGCUGUGGCUGCAUCACUUUAACAGAUGAUGUCCAUCAGCUUAAGCAAGAUUACUUCUUAUCCAAGGACCAGUUUGCUGCUCUACAACUGAAGCCAGGAUGCCAAGGAGUGGUGCUGGAGUUGACGGCUUACUCCACUGCCCUGCCCUCUGUGCUCUUUGCCUGCCAGAAGCCUUCACUUCUCAUGCACCUGCUGCCCUUAGAUGCCACAGGGCAGGACCCCCGUCACCCACUCUUCACCACCCACAGCCCCCGUCACUCACUCCUUGCCACCCACAGCCCCCGUCACCCACUCCUCACCACCUACAACCCCCGUCACCCACUCCUCACCCCCCACAACCUCCGUCACCCACUCCUCACCCCCAACAACCCCUGUCACUACCUCCUCACCACCUACAACCUCCGUCACCCACUCCUCACCCCCAACAACCCCUGUCACUACCCCCACCACCCCCUUAUCCUCUACCCUGGGAGCAGUGCUGCUGGUGCAGACCCUGACGCUGCUGGUGCAGACCCUGACGCAGCUGGUGCAGACCCUGAUGCUGCUGGUGCAGACCCUGACGCAUCUGGUGCAGACCCUGACGCAGCUGGUGCAGACCCUGACGCAGCUGGUGCAGACCCUGACGCAGCUGGUGCAGACUCUGACGCAGCUGGUGCAGACCCUGACGCAGCUGGUGCAGACCCGGGCCCGUGUGACGUGCUCGCUUGGUACGUCGCCUUGGAGGGCGUGAAGCCCGUGAUGGCCAGUAUGGAGGCGGGGCCCGUGGUGGACGUGCCUAGGGGCUGGGGGCAGGUGGUGGGCUGGGCUACCAACAUGGUCCAGCGUGGGGACCUUGCUUGGGGAUGCGCUCCCAAGACAUCCCCGACUCAGCCUGGCCUGCGUGUGUUGGUUGUGGGCGCCAGGGAUCUCGGCAAAUCGACAUUCGUACGCUACUGCGUCAACUCCUUCUUGGACGCGAGGUCGUCUCGUGAGGGCGCUUCCUCUGGCGGGGUGUGUCUGCUGGACCUGGACUGUGGCCAGCCCGAAGUGGGGCUUCCUGGGACCUUGUCUGUGGCACGCGUCCGACGUCCUCUGCUGGGACCUGGGUUCAUCUACAGCAGCGCCAGGAGCAGGAUGGACAGCAAGGAUAAACUUGCCAUGGUUAGCAGGCUACAAACGCGACGCAAGUUCCUGCACAAACUGCGACGAAAACUCGGCCUUGAGGUGCCUAGUGGGGGACUGAGUAAGGGGACUGACGCCCCAGGAGACGAUACUAGGAGAUAUGAACCUAUGGAAACCGACUAUGAAACCUGUCUGAGAAGCAAAAAAGCUCCCGGCAGAGAAUUUGGUAAAAAAUCAUCUCCUGUAAUUCCAGAGGCAAGUAAAUUUCCUAACUCGGGACUGGCAGCGCUCCAAGAUCUGCAAGAAAUGAUCGAAGAAAUGGAGUGGGAGACACAGAUGGAGCCGGUCGGGGAUGAAGUGAAACAGCUGAUCCUGGGUUCCACCAGUGCUCUGUACCACCUGCCCGAAUAUCUUAACUUGUUGAAGGAGCUGAUGGAGACAGUGGAGCAGAGCCACCACGACGUGCCCCUGGUUGUGAACACCAUGGGGUGGAUCCGAAACGAAGGCCUUGUGCUGCUCGCUGAGAUCCUGAAGCUGGUGAGGCCCACGCUUGUGCUGCAGGUCUGCACUGAGAAGGACGAUAGCCUCGACUGCUACAAUAUGAGUGACUAUCACAACAGCAGCGACUUCGUCACCACCUGCCUCCAACAAAGGGUCACACCCUUGUCCUACCAUCACUUCUUCGACUACCAGUACUGCCAGGUACAGGCCGGCAGCUCGAGGAGGCGCUACGCAAGGAAGAAAUUUGACGUACCUCGUCCUUUCCGUUCUGACCUCCGUCACCUGAACACCAUUUGUUACUUCAGCGGCGCUAUGUCGCACGUGAGGGGAGGGCGGCUGCUGAUGCCGCCCUCCAAGACCCUGAGCUUCUCUCGUGUGGGGAUUCACGUGACCUACGCCGAGGACCUCAGGGUGGUGCUUAGGUCCCAUCUCCGUGGCGAGCUGGUGGCUCUAUGCUCAACUCACGUUGACAACUUGGUUGAAAUCAGCGACGACCUGCCCCUGGGCUACAAACCAGCUCGUAUCCCAGACACCAAUCACAAAGAUAACCACCAAUCCGCGAACCACGUGAGGUUACCUUCUCACUUCUCCUUCUUCAGCAGGUGCUCCCUGCUUCCUCUGCCGGCAGGUGUGAGUAUCCAGCCGAGCAAAGACCCACUGGCCGUAAGAACCACGAGACCUCAGUACGCGGUGGUGGGCUGGGGGGUGGUGUUGACUGUGGACCUGAAGGCGCAUAACCUGCAGGUAGUGACUCCCCUCAGCCCCCAGCGCCUCGGCAGCGUCAACCUUGUGGUGAAGAGCUCGCUGCGGCUGCCGCCUGUACUGAAGCCCCUCUUCCUGGGCAGUAAUCUUAGUGAUGUGCAAAAAUAAAGUGCCAUGUCAUUA